UGCUCUGUCUUCCCGCUGCAGCCGCCCGAAGAAAAAAAAGAGAAACCCAGCCAUGCCUUGAAAAACCGGUAAAGCUUGAUGAUUUUCCCUUAUUUUCUUGUCCAAGAACCUGAUUUGGAACCCAGAAAUUCUCCCCCCUGCAGGAAGCUUCCGGAUCUGCUCUGUCCUUCCUCCCCUGUCCGUCGGCUGCUCUUGCUUGUGGGGUGUGAUUUGCUCCGGUUUUGGAAUUUUCCUUCCAUGCCGCCGGCUCUUCCCCAAAUUGCAGCUCCGCCCUUGCUUGCUGGAUUCUGGUUCCCGAUCGUUCUGUCAGUUAGUACGUGAAUUGAGUGCUCGGUUUUAUGUGAGUGAGGUAAGUAAAUUAUGGUAACGCCCUUUAAUUUUAAAAGCAUGUUUUGAUUUGUUUUUGAAGUGGUGGCGGGACUAAACCCGUUUUACACAAGCAUGACUGAUUUGAAGUGAAAUGUUUAUGUUUUUCAUUAAAUUGAGCAUGCAUACUUGAAAGUUUAAAUGACUAUCCUGAUGAUUUGAAAGUGAUUGUGAAUCGUGAUUUUUCUGUUAACUUCUGUCUGUUUUGUCUCCGAUAUGGUCAUGUUAUUCGUGUGCCCGCUAGUGGGAGGUUUAUAAACGCUAGCACAUGUCGACAUGUUACUGAUAGAACCGAUUCGUUUCUGUAACCCUACUAGUGGGGGUUAAACACUAGUAAUUUCUGUAGCCUGCCAGUGGGAGGUUUAUAACACUGGCCGUGACCUAUAGAGGAGACGUCUAUUUCGUGCCCGUACUGUAUCUGUUUUCAUGAUUGUACUUGUUGGCAUGCUUUUAAGUUUGAAAAGGGGCACUCCAUAUUUACUUACUGAGUUUAUCUCAUAGUUUUUCCUUGUCCACCAUUUCAGGAAGUGAAACCGAGGACGGGAAAACCACGGGAAGUGACGAGUUAGAAGGCUAGCCACUUGUAAAUUGAGCAUAGCUUUAGAUAAAUCAUGAUCUUGUAAACCAGAGUGUAUUUGGAGAUCUUAUGAUAUUAGAGAGAAUUUUAUAAUUUGAUCUUCAGAUUUUGGUGGUAUUAGAGUGUGAUAUGAUAAGUUUCGAGCCUUGUGCAUUCGUGGGACCCGUCUCACGAGUGUACGGCGUCUGUCGCGUCUCGAAUUUGGGUUUUGGGGCGUGACAAUACCAUUAUUGGCUACCCUUUCAAGCACAUGAGGUUUCUCUAAAGGUGUAAAGAAUU